AUGGAGGAGCUGCUCCCUGACGAGCAGCAGGAGCUUCCAGCCCAUGUGAACUUCUCGGCUGCCCCCGCCCCUAUGCCCGCGGUGCCCACCACCCUGCACUCCAAGAUGGAAGAACUGGAGGGGCAGCUGCUGGCCAAGGUGCUGGCACUGGAGAAGGAGCGUGUGGCCCUCAGUCACAGCAGCCACCAGCAGCGGCAGGAGGUGGAGAAGGAGCUGGACACCCUGCAGGGCCGCAUAGCUGAACUGGAACAUGGGUCCUCGGCCUACAGCCCCCCUGACGCCUUCAAGAUCAGCAUCCCCAUUCGCAACAACUACAUGUACGCCCGCGUGCGGAGGGCGCUGCCCGAGCUCUACGCCUUCACUGUCUGCAUGUGGCUGCGGUCCAGGCCGGGCAGCGCGGGCCAGGGCACGCCCUUCUCCUACUCAGUGCCGGGGCAGGCCAAUGAGAUCGUGCUGCUGGAGGCAGGCCCGGACCCCAUGGAGCUGCUGAUCAACGACAAGGUGGCCCAGCUGCCCCUGAGCCUGAAGGACAACAGCUGGCACCACAUCUGCAUCGCCUGGACCACAAGAGAUGGCCUGUGGUCUGCCUACCAGGAUGGGAAGCUGCGGGGCUCUGGUGAGAACCUGGCUGCCUGGCACCCCAUCAAGCCUCAUGGGAUCCUUAUUCUGGGCCAAGAGCAGGAUACCCUGGGAGGCCGGUUUGAUGCCACUCAGGCCUUCGUGGGUGACAUCGCCCAGUUUAACUUGUGGGACCACCCCCUGACAUCUGCCCAGGUCCUGGGCAUUGCCAACUGUACUGGGCCACUGCUGGGCAACAUCCUCCCCUGGGAAGACAAGCUGGUGGAAGCCUUUGGGGGUGCAAAAAAGGCUGCCUUCGAUGUCUGCAAGGGGAGGGCUAAGGCAUGAGGGGCCACCUCGUCCAGGGCCCCUCCCUUGCCUGCCAAUUUGGGGACCUUACAGGAGGGGGCACAUUCCUCCUCAGCCU